CUGAUAUUCUAAUCCGGGUCACAGAAUGGCUAAGGCAGCUUUAAGUGGAGGGCAGAUUUUUUUCCCUCCGUUUGCCUGGUGUUUCGCACCCUGAAAGAAUGUUGUGCCUGCUCUUUUUUCUGGUGACUGCUGUUGGUGCUGAACUGUGUCAACCAGAUGCAGAAAAUGCUUUUAAAGUAAGACUGAGUAUCAGAACAGCUCUGGGAGAUAAAGCAUAUGCCUGGGAUACAAAUGAGGAAUAUCUUUUCAAAGCAAUGGUGGCUUUCUCCAUGAGGAAGGUUCCCAACAGAGAAACAACAGAAAUUUCCCAUGUCCUACUUUGCAAUGUAACCCAGCGGGUGUCAUUCUGGUUUGUGGUUACAGAUCCUUCAAAAAAUCACACCCUUCCUGCUGUUGAGAUACAGUCAGCCAUAAGAAUGAAUAGGAACCGGAUCAACAGUGCCUUCUUUUUGAAUGACCAGACCCUGGAAUUUCUAAAAAUUCCUUCCACUCUUGCACCACCCACUGACCCAACCAUGCCCAUCUGGAUGAUCAUAUUCAGUGUGAUAUUUUGCAUCGUCAUAGUGGCAGUCAUGCUGCUGAUUUUCUCAGGAAUCCGGCAACGUAGAAGGAAGAGCAAAGGACCAUCCGAAGUGGAUGACACUGAAGACAAGUGUGAAAACAUGAUCACAAUUGAGAAUGGCAUCCCCUGCGAUCCUUUGGACACAAAGGGAGGGCACAUUAACGAUGUCUUCAUGACAGAGGAUGAGCGGCUCACCCCCCUCUGAAGGCUCCUCUUUUGCUUCCCCAGGAAACUCAACACUUGUUUCUGUGCCACUGCUGAGCUUUAUAAAUUAUCAAGGACAGAUCAUCUAUUUUAUUUCACCAUUCUUCUUUCCUAAGAAAUUCUGCAUGUGCAUGAAAGUGAAAGGCUGUCGUUUAUACCCAUGAAGACCACUGGAAUCCUAAGCUGUUGACUACUCAAAAUAUUCUCAAGCAUUUCUCUGACAACACAAUGUAUACGUAUAGCCACGUGGUGCCUUUACUUAUUGGUUUAAAGGUGCAUUAGUGUUGAACAUUGCUGGAAAUAAAGUCAGGCCACUACAUAUAUAUACAGAUGUAUAUAUAUAUAUGUGUGUGUGUGUGUGUGUGUGUGUGUGUGUAUGUGUGUGUGUGAAGACCUACGGAGGGAGAUUUUUCCAGUGGAGAAUACCCAUAAUAUGGUAUAAAAAUCUUUGAAGAUGGAUCCUUUUUGAAUAUUGUUCAUAUCACUCUGUAUAUGACUAACUAAGGAAGAAUAAAAUAUGAUUGGGUUAUGAAUGAUGACAAUGGGAGUGACAGUAUCCAAGGUGGAAUUUCAUCCUAUGACCAUACCAAUACUUAUUCUCUAUCAUUCUCUGGUAAGUCAGCCCUGUUGGUUGACUAUUUCUGCAAUUUGUAAAACAACAACCUCUGUGAAUUUAAUAAAGCGCUAAUCAUCUCUUUUUAAUUAUG